ACUGCACGCACGUACGCGCAUGCACGUCCACACAUUUUUAAGGAAAUUAACUAGGCAACUUUUUCUAGGGCAGUCGGCACCUAACAAGUAACUUGCAAUCGGUGUUUGUGAUAUCGCGUCUUUUUUGGGGGGGUUACUGAUUUUAUGAAACAUGUGACUGAAUUAGGCGCUCACAUGGCUGCUGUGGCUGCAUGAUCCGCUUUAGUUUUUUAAAGUCCGGUGAUCGGUAGCUCCCUCGGCAGCGACCAUCUGGAGCAGAGGACCCCUGAAAAACACUGCGCCUGCACGGACAAAUCAUGGCGAACAGUGGGCAGAAAGUUGUGCUGAUCACCGGCUGCUCCUCCGGCAUCGGGUUACGAAUUGCCGUCACCCUGGCCAAAGAUGAAAAGAGUCGUUACCAUGUCAUUGCCACCAUGCGGGACCUGAAGAAGAAGGACAAGUUGGUGGAGGCAGCUGGAGAUGCGUAUGGAAAGACCUUGAUGUUGCUUCCAUUAGAUGUGUGUAGCGAUGAGUCCGUCAGGCAGUGCAUCAACAAUGUUAAGGACCGCCAUAUUGAUAUUCUGAUUAACAAUGCAGGUGUGGGCUUGCUUGGACCCGUGGAAAGCAUCAGUAUCGAGGAGAUGAAAAGAGUAUUUGAGACCAACUUCUUUGGAGUGGUUCGCAUGAUCAAAGAAGUGAUGCCGGAUAUGAAGAAGAGGCGUUCAGGGCACAUUAUUGUCAUGAGCAGUGUCAUGGGUCUUCAGGGUGUGGUAUUCAAUGAUGUUUACACUGCUUCUAAGUUUGCAAUGGAGGGGUUCUGUGAGAGUAUGGCUGUGCAACUGAUGAAGUUCAAUAUCCGGUUGUCCAUGAUUGAGCCUGGCCCGGUGCACACUGAGUUUGAAACGAAGAUGAUGGAGGAUGUGGCUAAGAUGGAGUAUCCGGGUGCAGAUGCUGACACAGUUCGCUAUUUUAAAGAUGUUUACCUGCCAUCAUCCACAGAUAUAUUUGAGGCCAUGGGCCAAACACCAGAUGAUAUAGCCAAGUGCACUAAAAAGGUUAUUGAGUCAAACAGCCCUCGCUUCAGGAAUCUUACCAACAGCCUCUACACACCCAUUGUGGCCCUGAAAUACGCAGAUGAGACUGGAGGCCUGUCUGUAAACACGUUCUACAACCUGCUCUUCAAUUUUGGCCCUCUCAUGCACAUCACCAUGAGCAUCCUCAAGUGCCUGACGUGCAGCUGCCUGCGCAGACGCACCAUCUCCCCUAACUGAAGAUGGAGUGUGUAAUUCUGUCACUUAACUUUAACCUCCCGGUUUGUUGAAGGGAGGUAGACUAGAACAAGUAACCUGGAGAGAGGAGGCGCUGUUUAGUUUAAAGACAGUACAAAAAUAAGCUUCCCCAGACAACAUGCACAGUUGCACAAGUUUGUCACAGAGUUGUUAUAUAUAUAUAGGGUGACUUCAUGUACUGACACAGAAACAUGCAUACACCACAACGUAGAGAUGCAAACAAUAAACACAUUGGAUUAUUGUAUAUAUUAUGAAGAGGAAAUCAUGCAUAAGUCUGGGUAGUAUGGAAAGAACUGAACAGCUACAUUGUAAGUUGUUGGAUAUAUAUGUUUUUAAAUGGGAACAGAACUUGAGAUAGGAAACACAUGGACAGACAUCAAAGCACAAGAAAUAAAUUAAGUUAAUGAGAGAAAACAUGAAAUUAUAGAACUAUAACAAUCGCAAUACUAUAACUUGUAUUGUUUGCAUUACUCACCAGAGUAAUGGCAUAUAAGGCACAGUGAGAUUAUAUCAACUUUUGUUGUUCAGUGCCCUUAAUUUCAUGCUCACCUUAAUAUAGUGUUCUCAUGGUCAUAACUGCUGUUGAAUCAUAUUUCUAAUCUUUCAUAAACUGAAUAUUUUUGUUUUUUAAAAAGUUUUAUGAAGGGCUGGAUCAGAUUUUUUUUUUUUAAUCCAGCAAAUUGAUGGAAAUAAUAAACAGAAUUGUGAUUUAA